AUGCAGCUGCUUGUACUUCUGUUUCUGGUCUCCUCAAUGACUGUCUCUUAUACAAAAUUAAGAAUAUUGCCUACCGUUCCGAUUUCUUCAUGUGGCCUGAGUCCCAAAUUCAGAGCCACUUCCUGGACAGUACCAAGACUCAAAGAAGGAACCCCAGCAAGUACAUCUGAAACCCUACCCUGGCAGGUCAGCAUUCGAACCAAAGACAAGGUUAUCUGCAGAGGGGCAAUUCUGAGCAGCUGGUGGAUCCUGUCUGCAGCUCACUGCUUCAUGGAGGACCUUUCUUUAGAUCUUCCCAUAAUGGUCAUCUUGCAUGGGGAGCCUUUGGAGAAAAAGAAGUUGGACAUGGUGAUCGUCCAUGAAGACUUCAACAGUACCAGUCUGAGAAACAACAUUGCUUUGAUCUUGUUGGAUUCUCCCAUCAGUUUCAGUGAAAAAACAACACCAAUUUGCUUGCCCUUGUUGCAGGAUCUCAGCAUAUGGCAAGACUGCUGGGUUGCCACAUGGAAGACUAUAAUGGCUGGGCCUGCAGAUGAAGAUGAGAAAUUAACCAACAUGUUAAUGAAGGUAGAAGUGACUCUAAUUAACAAAGACGUAUGUUCCAAGGAAAUCCAAGGCUUAAUCGGGAAUGUCUUCUGUGCUGUUUCUAAGGAAAGCGUGGAGGAGAACUGUGAGGUGGAGAGUGGGAGUCCCCUGUUCUGUGAUUCUGGAAGCAACAUGAAAUGGUUUGUGGUUGGCAUAGCAAGCUGGGGGGGAAACUGUGACCCAGAGGCAAGCCCCACGGUCUACACUGCAGUCUUCAGCUACCUUGACUGGAUACAAAAGGCCACCGCUCAAGAAGGAAAGCCAUUUAUUCCUGAAGGAGCAGAUGACAUUGGAUCUUACACUGAAGUCUUUAUCCCAGAUUCUGUUUCCGGUUCUCCCCUCCUUUCAAUGACCUGCGCAAUUGCUCCAGUUUUGCUACUGAUGAGUCCAGUUUACACUGAACUCGUUUUUAUUAUAAAAUUCUGAUAUUGUGUAUUGAUCUGUCCCCAACCCAGCACCAUCCUAAUGCGUUGGACAAA